CUCUAAUAGAGAGGACAAAUAAUUCUGUACUGUGUGGUGAAGAAGACACCACGUUUCGCAACAUAGGCCUACUUCCGAGCAACAGAGGCGACGAGACAGAUUUUUCCCUGUCGUGAUUACCGGUUACGCGGGCAGAAAGAGAUCACUGUUUUCAGCUCUGGGUGGCAAUUCUCACGGCUCUUUCAGCCUUUGACAUUGUCCACUGGAGAUGCAGUGAAGCAACCAACACAACUGAAAAGUUCAGAAUUAUUUGGUGAAGUUGAGUCUACUGCCGCAUUGUUAUAGGCCUACUACCUAUAUCCUGCGCACGUAUGACCUUAUGCAGUUGCGAGUGCCGUAAAACCUUACUAAAACUAAAACUGCUUAUUAUAUCCUAAAUACAAGAGCUUUUGAGACCAAACUCCAUUUGUGCGCUUUUGCCAUAGGGUUGAAGGGGGUUUAGCAACCUCCAUUAAGUUAUUGUGAGUAAAGAUCAAAUGCAAUACUUUGUGGUUUACUGUUUCAACUUGUGUGAACAUCGGAGGUAGGGAGGUGUAGAAUUGUCAAGUGUUUGUGUGUACGGUAGUGCUACAUUGGGCGCCGAGGUGAACCAUGUUGGAGGAUAUUCCAGAAAAAGUGGAAGACACAAAUAUUCUGGACAAAUACUCCCAGACUCAGAUCAGGGAGCUACGCGAAGCCUUCAGGCUCUUCGACAAAGAUGGCGACGGCUCCAUUUCCACGGAAGAGCUGGGCACUGUCAUGCGCAACCUGGGCCAGUUCCCGUCCACUGACGAGCUCAACCAGAUGCUCCAGGAGAUUGACAUCAAUGUGUUUGACAAGUCCGGCUGUGGCUAUAUCACGCCGUCCGAUUUGAGGGCGGUGCUUCAGUGCAUGGGGGAGGAGCUGACGGAAGAAGAAAUCGACGAGAUGAUUGCAGAAGUUGAUAUUGAUGGAGAUGGACGGAUUGACUUCGAAGAAUUCAUCACCUGUAUGAGAAGCGACGACGAGGAUGAUGAUGAUGAUGAUGACGACGACUGCGAGGACGGCUCAGACGGCAGCGAGGACGAGGAGGAAGAGGACGAUGGGAAUAGCCUGAGCCCAACGAGUCCUUAAACUACCACCGAGCUGCUUUAUCAUCGUCAUCAUGUUAUCGUCGUCAUCAUCUUCAUCGUUAUAAUCAUUCGGUUGUUUUGUUUUUUGCUUUUGUUUUAUUAAUGCUUAAUUAAGACUUUUCUUCACGAAAUGUAAUUAUUUUAUGUAAACGAACCAGCAAACCGGUA